AUGACAUCAUUAAUUCCUUUAAAUCUUUCGUCAAAAAUCCCCGAAAAUUCGGAAUUCCAACUUCGACCGAUAGUUGUUUCUGGACCAUCAGGUUCCGGAAAAUCGACCUUACUUAAACGACUUUUUCAAGAUUAUCCUGACAAGUUCGGUUUCAGUGUCUCACACACUACACGUUCACCACGACCAGGAGAAAUAGACAACGUACAUUAUCACUUUGUAACUCGCGAGAAAUUUAAAGAACUCAUCGAAAAAAAUUAUUUCCUAGAAUAUACAGAAUUUUCGAAUAAUUUAUACGGCACUAGUAUUGCUGCUGUAAAAGAAGUUGCCCAACAAGGAAAAUUUUGUAUUUUGGAUAUUGAAUUGGAGGGAGUGAAAUUAGUCAAGAAGACUGAUCUUAACGCGCGUUUCGUUUUUAUUGCACCCCCAUCCCUGGAAGUUCUUGAAAAACGUCUUCGUGAUCGUGGCACUGAAUCUGAAGACGCUAUACAAGCGCGUCUCGAUGCUGCAAAGAAGGAAUUAGCUUAUGCAGCUGAAGAAGGAUCGCACGAUUUAAUUGUGGUGAAUGAUAAUUUAGAUAAAUCUUCAAAUUCAAUUGUUUCAUCUUUUCCCAUUAAAAUUUCCAAUCCAAGAUUAGAUGAUGGUAACACUGGUAAACGUUGCAUCUAA